AUACCAAAUUUCUGAAAAGAACGAAAAAAACCCUAAACUCUCACUCUUCUUUUCGUUUUCACACAAUUCUCUCUCUUUCUCUCGCCGAUGAGGCCACUGCUCCAAGCCUCACUCCUCUAAAGCUUCCUUUUACUCAUUCCACAACGACGCCGUUUAACCGGAUUUCCUUCUCUCUCUCACCUUCCUUCCUCCCAGAAGAUAUGACAACUAUUAAUGUUUUUGUGAACUAUGAUGGGCAUUGGGAUGAUAAGAAAUGCUACGUUGACUUCAAGAUGACGGGUAUAUUAGUGCCCAAGGAAACUACAUAUAAAAGACUGACGGGAUUGUUGUUCAAAGAGUUGAAUAUCAAGCCUUCAGAACAUUCCAUAACUGUUCAAUAUCAAGUGAGUCCAGGUUCUCCACCCAUCACCAUAUUGACUGACAGCGGUGUCUUGUUUUACUUGGCGUUGAAAAAGAAGGAUCCUGUACUUACUGGCUUCCCAUUGUGCAUCACCAUUGAGGAUAAACGAUUGGCUCUCAAUAACCAAGCAGUGCCAAUUAAUCAAGUUCAAGCAGCUGAACAACGAAGUGAAACAGCGAACGGAGAAGAACAUGAUGAAUCAAAUCAUUUGAACGCAUUGCCCACUCCAACGAACAGUGAUAAUCACACAUCAGAUAAUCACAUAUUUGAUGAUGUUUAUGAUUCUCCAAUGGAGGUGGAAACAAUCGAACCAGCCGACUAUGUUGACCGAUCUAUUCUCACUCGUUCACGAGCCAUUGUAGAAGCAAAAGCUAGUUCUAGCAAACGACGACCCUACAAGAAGCAUAAGCAAAAGCGUGAUGCCGUUAGUGAAUAUGAAAUGACAAAUACUAUCAUAUCAGAGUACCAUUAUUCAGAGAUUGCAGUUAAGCAGCUGUAUAAAAACAAGGAUGUGUUGAAGAAGGUGGUUAGUAUGUUUGCUAUAAGAAACAAUUUUCAGUAUAAAGUCAGGAGAUCAGACAAGAGGUUUUUUUUGGUUACUUGCUUGGAUCAAACUUGCAAGUGGCUCCUUCGGGCAUCAAAGUUUUUGAAAACUGACAUGUUUAUUGUGAGAAAAUAUGUUCCUACGCACACAUGCUCUUUGGAUGUUAAAGGGGAUCAUCGCCAAGCUAGUAGUCGAGUAAUCGGUGAAUGCAUCAAGUCCAAGUAUAAGUUGUUGGGAGAAACAUCUUAUUCACCAUAUGACAUCAUAAGAGAUAUGAAAGAUGAAUAUGGUGUUUCAAUUAGUUAUGAGAAGGCCUGGAGAGCUCGAGAAUGUGCCUUGGACAUGAUAAGGGGAGCCCCAGAAGAAUCAUAUGAAAACAUUCUUUCUUAUCUGUACACGUUGAAGAAUAAGAAUCUGGGAUCGGUAACUCACCUUGGUACAGAUAAUGAUAAUCAUUUUAAGUAUUUGUUCAUGGCUUUGGGAGCAUCAGUUAAUGGAUGGCCUCAUUGUCGACCUGUUAUUGUGGUUGAUGAAACAUUCCUAAAGGCUAAGCAUAGUCGCAUCUUGUUUACAGCGUGUGCUAAAGAUGCCAACGACAAGAUUUUCCCUUUGGCUUUUGGCAUUAGUGAUUUUGAUAAUGAUGCAUCAUGGGAUUGGUUUUUAACAAAGUUAAGAGAUGCAUACGGUGACCGUGAUGGGUUGUGCAUCAUAUCCGACCAACAAAGUAAUAUCUGUGCGUCAGUUAAAAAAGUUUACCCGAAUGCUAAACAUGGGUUUUGCAUGACUCAUGUUCUUAAUAAUCUGAAGACCAAGUUCAAAUCUUGUGGUAAAGAAAUUGUUCCUACUUUUAUUGCUGCUGCUAGAUCGUACAUUAAAGAUGACUUUGAGUACUACAUGAAACAGCUUGACAACAUUGAUGUUGGUAUUCGUCCUUAUCUAGCUGAAAUAGGACAUGAAAAGUGGUCGCGUGCGUUUUUCACUGGUGGGAGAUAUUCAAUAAUGACUGCUAACAUUGCCGAGUCAAUGAAUAUUGUGGAUGGUUCAGCUAGAGAAAUGCCUGUGGCGACUUUGGUUGAGUGGCUAAUUACUUGGAUGGACAGAUGGUUUACGGAAAAGAGACACGAAGCUGAAUCAACAGUCACAGUACUUGCAGCAGCUACAGAGAAGGUCUUGCGGGAAAAUCAGGUUGCAGCCUUGCCUUUGGUGGUUUUGCCAAUAGAUUCAAACUUAUCACGAGUGUAUGAUGGUGAUAAUCUUUUUGUUGUGAAUUUAGAUGAGAAAAUAUGCUCAUGUCGUCGAUUUAACCUAGAUCAAAUUCCUUGUCGACAUGCUUUGGCGGUUUUAGCGAAAAAAAGGUUGAACCCUUAUGCAUAUUGCUCACGCUACUAUAAGAAGGAAGAAUUACUUGCAACUUACCAGGAAGAAAUUAACCUUCUUGGGAAUCCUCGAACUUGGAGUAUUCCGGAUGAUGUUAAGUUGACAGAAGUCUUACCUCCAAUUUCAACCGAGAAGUCUAGCAGACUAAAACGAAAGAGAUUAUCUUUUAGUGGAGAACACAACUCUCAAAGUAAGUGUGGUAGGUGCGGACAGCCUGGGCAUAACCGAAAAACAUGCAAAGCUCUCGCCAUUCAACCAUCAUCCUCACUGGUAAGAAGAUCAACUCGGUUAUCAGGAAGGAUUACAUCUGAUGAAGUUGCUGAUGAGAACCCAUCUGAUGAAGUGGCCGAUGAAAUCCAAUCUGAUGAAGCUGCAAAUGAAGUCCCAUCUGAUGAUGCUGCCUAUGAAAAUGAAGUAGUGAAACAAUUAACAUUUGAUGAAGCUGCCAAUGAAAGUGAAGUCGUGAAACAAUUAACGUUUGAUGAAGCUGCCAAUGAAAGUGAAGUUGUCCAAGAAAAACCAUCUGAUGAAGUUGCCAAUGGAAGUGAAGCUGCCAAAGAAAAUGAAUUUGCCCAAGAAAUACCAUCUGAUAAAGUUGCCAAUGGUAAUGAAGUUGCCCAAGAAAUACCAUCUGAUGAAGUUGCCAAUGGUAAUGAAGUUGCCAAUGAAUUUCCAUCUAAUGAAAUUAAGAUUGAAAUGCCAUCUGUACCAUCUGAUGAAGUCGCCAAAGAAAUACCAUCUGACGAAGUCGCCAAAGAAAUACCAUCUGAUGAAGUUGCCAAUGAAAUACCAUCUGAUCAAGUUGCCCAAGAAGUACCAUCUGCCUAAUAAACAUAUUAAGUUUUUUUUUUUUUUUUAAUUGUUUUACUCAGUACUUAAGUAGGAUUGUCAUGGUUUGUUUCGUUAUGUUUUGUUUGUAUAGUUCGAUUGAGAACUUUUCUUAUUUGUUAGAAGGAUUGUUUUCGUAGGAUUUUCGUCUAUGUUUAAUUAAGAAUCAUGGCAUGUUAUUCUAGACAAAUAGUGUGAAGGAAACUGAGAAUAACACAUUGCUUAAACUGAGUCCUCCAUCAAGGUAACCUCCUUCAUCAGCAGGUACAUAAUCUGUUCUUUGACCAUCUUAAAAUAACAUCUUUUUUACAUUGUUGUUUUUGUAAUGAAUUAUAAUUGGUUGA